UAAAUUCAGGUUUUAAAAAAAACAAAACAAAAAACAAAAGAGUUUAGCAAAUGGCAGCUUCAAGUGCUGAUCAGAAAGAUAAAUAUCGUUCGUAUUUAUAUGGAGAGGGAGAAAAGAACACCAAAUGGAGGUUUGGUGCCCCUCCCAACUAUGAUGUUGUUAACAAGCUCUUCGAAGAAGGCAGAACCAAGAUAUGGCCACCUGGGUCACUCGAAGAAAUGGUACAGAACCUUUUGAAGACAUAUGAAAUGGAGCUUUUCCACAAGGCAUGCGUCGACGACUUCAAAUCAAUAGAUCCAAAAAAGUUCACUCUCAGCCUAAAUGGGAGAAAAGGAUUAGGUUUGGACGAUAUAAAGAAACUGGGUGGAGGCUAUAACCCAUUGCUGCAGUCGUCUCUGCCAGAGGAAUUCCAGAUCUACAAACCAUCUGAGGAAACAGCAGAUUCAUCUCAUCGAGCUUUCACCACUACUUUCCCUCGUGGCUUUGCUGUGGAGAUCCUCCAAGUCUACUCUGGGCCACCACAAAUAGUUUACAAGUUCAGGCAUUGGGCUUACAUGGAGGGCCCUUUCAAAGGCCAUGCCCCUACCGGAGAACUGGUAGAAUUUUAUGGCAUGGCAAUUUUUGGGGUGGAUGAGCAUAUGAAAAUUGUAAGUGUGGAGUUCUUUUAUGAUCCCGGAGAACUUCUUGGAGCCCUGGUGAAGGGUGCUAAAAUUGAAAAUUAUGCUGGAGAGAUGACAACAGGUUGCCCUAUCCUGAGGAGCACAGGGUAGCUAGCUACCUGCAUCUGGAGCUCCCAUGAGAGAAGCAAACAUGAAGCACAUGGGUUAAGAUCGCUAGCUAGCUAGCUAGAACCGGAAAACCUUGUAGCAUAUGCGAUUUGAAUAAAAUAAAAAUAUGACAGCUGCAUUGCCACAUGGUAUGGUCGGUGCAAGUAUGUUAAUAUCAAUAAAUAUUUUCUACUUAUGGUCUGA